GUUUCACCUGCUGAAACCUGAACACACCUGGAGCUCCGCCUAUCUUUAUCUUCUUAUUUCUGGUCGGUAACAGGAGGAAAUGGCCGCAACAACUAUUUCUAUCGAGCAGGAGCAGUUUAGUUGUUCGGUGUGCCUGGAGGUGUUGACGGACCCGGUGACCAUCCCCUGCGGACACAGCUAUUGCCUGGGCUGCAUCGAAGACUACUGGAACCGGCCUAAGCAGAGGGGCCGGUACAGCUGCCCCCAGUGCCGGCAGCUGUUCAACCCCAAACCCCUGCUCUGUAGGAACACCGUCCUGGCAGAGGUGGUGGAUAAGUUUCAGAGGACCGGCCUUCAGCCUCCAGCUCCAGCUCCGUCCAAACCGGAGGAGGUCAGGUGCUCCAUGUGCAGCGGGAGGAAAGCCAAAGCUGUCCGGUCCUGUGCGAGCUGCUCCGGGUACUACUGUGCGGCCCACGCCAAGGCCCACGAAGAGAGGUUCCACGGAAGGGACCACAAGGAGAAGCUGUGCACACAACACGACAAAGCCCAGAGGAUGUACUGUAGGACGGACCACAGGCCGGUGUGUUCCCAGUGUGUGAAAGAGGAGCACCGAGGACACGACACGGUGGACCUGGAGGAGGAGAGGGGGGCUCAGCAGAAAAAGCUACAAGAUGCCUCUUUGAAGUCCAUCCAGAAAAUGAAGGAUGUGGAGAAGGAACUUCGCUAUGCCGUCAGAUACAUCAAGCACUCCACGGAGGCGGCGGUGGAGGAGAGCGAGAGGAUUUUUUCCAAGCUGAUCCACUGCAUAGAGAAACAAAGCAUGGAGUUGAGGGAGCUGAUGAGGGUGCAGGAGAGGGCGGCUGUCACUCAGGCUGAGGAGCUGCUGGAGAAGAUACAGAGGGAAAUGGCUGAGCUCCGGAGGACUGACGCUGAGCUGGAGAAGCUCCGUCACACCGACGACCACAUCCACUUCCUCCAGAAGUGCAAGUCUCUUCAUUUCCCUGUGAAGUCUGUGGAGAUGCCCAGCACUGACAAACUCACAUAUAUGAUGUAUAAGUCCAUGAGAGGGGCCUUGGCCGACCUCAAGGACACUCUGGACCAGGCACUGGAAAGAGAAUUCAAUAGAAUCUCUGAUAAGGUGAUUUCCCUGAAGGAAUCUAGCAAUCAGAGUAUUUCUGAAAAAACACAAGUGAGAGACACGCAUAUACCGUACAACUCAGAACCAAAGACAAGACCGGAUUUUCUACAAUAUUACAGCGACAUAACCCUGGAUCCAAACACAGCCAAUCCUUAUCUGUGGUUCACGGACGGUCGACGAGGCGUGACCACCCGUUCUGACCUGCAGCCCUACCCAGACCACCCCGACCGCUUCACCAGCUGGGCUCAGGUUCUGUGUCGGGCCGGCAUGGCUGGACGCUGCUACUGGGAGGUGGAGUGGGCCGGUAACGGAGGGGUGUCCGUCGGCGUCUGCUACAAAAACAUGAGCAGGAGCGGAGGGGCGAGCGACAGCAAGCUGGGGCACAACUCCAAGUCCUGGAGUCUGGACUGUUCUUACUCCGCGUGUUCGUUUCAGCAUAACAAGGAAAGCACAGCGGUCAGCAUUCCCUGUUGCAGCAGGAUAGGGGUGUAUCUGGACUUCAGGGGAGGGACGCUGUCUUUCUAUAGCGUUUCAGACACGAUGGUUCUGCUUCAUAAAGCCAAGACCACCUUCACACAGCCUCUGUACCCAGGAUUUUGGGUGGGGUUGGGCUCUUCUUUGAAGCUGUGCGCCCUAUAAACCCACUCUGGGCAGAGUGAGUGCAUGACUUAGUUAUGAGCAUGUUUUUUUUUUUUUUGAUUUGUCCUUUUCAUGCGAAGGUAAGAACUAAAAUAGAUGCCUUCCUUAAAGCUAUACAGUUAUAUGGGGCAGAGAGUAAAAGAAGACCCCAUCAGACAAAUCAGUAACAUAAUGGACUUCGGUAGGUGCAGGCUGGACUCACUUACCCUCUCUUAUAUGCCGACUGCGAUUGAUUUCAUUCGUCUUUCUGAAGUUUACUAGGAUACAGGCAUGAUUGCAAACCGAUUCAGGUGUGAUUUUGUGAAUGUUACCUGACCUGGACCAGCAACAAAAUAUGUUAUACUCAUGAUUCGAGUGUGAAGGAUGUUCAGAUCCUUCUCAUGUUUUCAGUGAUGCAUUCAGGGAUGCUUGAAUAUUUCCAUUUGAAGACAUGGCAAAACAAAGUGUAUCCAUCAGAGCCAUGCACAGAACCCAGUCCAGCUGCAGACACUCCCCUACAGGUCCAGUGUGUAAUAUUUCAAGGUGAUUUAACAGAAUCUUAUUACUGAGAGUAUAAUAUUCAUAAUUAGGUUUUUAAUACAGACCCGAAAAUGAGAAGUGGUGAAUUCAUUUCCUUUGAAUGAAUAGAUUCUACAUAUGGAUAUCCUCCUGCACCAUGUUUCCUCAGUAACUCAGGACUUUAUGUUCUACAGUGUGAUAUCCAGUAUUUAAGUACAAUAGUUGUCCGUUAGGCUUGUGUGUGCUCAUAUUCACUUUGCUAAAAUGACAAAACACUGGUUCCACUGAUGAUAAUUCACCUUUUUUUUUUUAAAGGAAACCAAAAGGA